AUGCUUCACUUCUCCCUUCUCGCAUCUGCGCUGGCGCUUGUUUCUGCUGUUUCCGCCCAGUGCGGUUCAGGCACGCCCGCAGCCAGAGUCACUGGCUCUGGCAGCUCUUUCACCGCAACCCGAGGCUCCACCAACGUCUACACUGGCUCAGACUACCGCGCCGCCAUCCAGGCCGCUGUUGACUCCAUCAGUGCCGGUCAGCGAGUCUCGGUCAUUGCCUCCGGUUCCAUCGGCGCAAACACCAUCACCAUCCAGGCUGGUAAAAUCUUUGAAGGCUGCGGCACCAUCAACACCGCCAAUCGCUCCGGCCGCGGUGCCAUCGAGGUCACCGACGCAAACAAUGUUCAAAUUCCUUACCUCACCAUGACUGGUGCGCCCUACUUCGGUCUUCGCUUCUCCGGUGCCAACGGUCUCAUCCUCGGCAAGAUCACCAUGAACCUCAGCGGCGGUCUCGGGAUCCGCUUCGAUCGCGAUCGCGCCGCGCAGUCCAACGUCCAAAUGGACGACAUCCGUGUCACUGGCGCCAGCUCGCACGCAGUCGAGACAUGGAAUAUCGACGGCCUGACCAUCAACCAGGUCAUCGCCCGAAAUAUCGGCGAAUCGGGAUUGCUGAUCCAGAACUCGAUCAAUGUCAAGGUUGGUCUCGUCGAUGGUGACAAUGUCGGUGCAGGUACCGGAUAUGGUACGCUCCGCUUCGCCAACCGUAACGGCCGUAACGCGAACGGCAACUACAACACUAACGUCUACAUUGACAAGGUCAAGUCGCGUGGUGGUGGCCGUGGCGUCUUCUGUGUCUCCGAGUCCGGUGCUGCGGUCAUCACCACGGUUGAUCUCGCCAACAAUGGCAAUAACGCUGUCCUGAUCGAGAACUGCUACAAUGUUUCUAUCCGUGGCGGAACUGUCAACGGUGGUGGUGAGGUUCGCGUCUCUGCUCGCACUGAGUUCGCUAAUACCCGUGAUCUCUGGAUCACGCUCAAGGUUGAUGGCACGACUGUUCGCGAGUCUCCCUGUGCUGACAACAGCAACUGGACUCUGACGGGCAGCGGUGCGAGGAAUAUUUGCUAG